AUGAGUCCGAAAAAGGAAAUUAAAACUAUCUCUUCCAAGAAGCCCAAAAAGCCAAGGAAUUCCCAGCCAAGAAAUCGACUCCCAAAACUAACGAAGAAUGAGUUGAGCAGUAUGAUGUGUAUCCAAGUAACAGAAAGAGGUCUUCGACUCAAGGAGCCAGAGAUUACAUUCCCUUUCCCAAUGUGGCUGGAUCAAAAAAAACAGGAAAAAGUAUCUGACCAAGCCACAGAAGAUCAGAUGUCACCCUCGGAGGUUGGUGAAGCUAAUUGUCAAGAAGAGAGUGAGAAAAAGAAGAGUAAUGAAUCCUUCAAUUCCUCUGAUGCGAAAAAUUUGACAAGCAUUGGUUACUGUCUCUAG